UUCAGAACUGAUACCAAGAAUGAGUACGUUGGAAACUCCAAUACGACUUGUAAUUCUGUGUCUUGCUUAGACCCGCGCACUCCAACGAAGGAUUCGUGUGAAGUGCAGAUGUUCCCUUGAGCAUUUGCCUGAGCAUGACAGUGUCCCGUUGUCAGCAGGACCCCCCUCUUCAUCCCACUCAUAAUAGGGCACAACGUCUAUCAUAUAUCGUCCUUAAUACUUACGUUUAUUCUUUCAGAAGCCCCGUUUUUGUACACCAACUACAUAUCCUAUAAAGGAUGUCAUCGAGAAUGAGCGAGGCAUUAAAGAAUGCCAUCGAACAGCCCGAAUUACCGUGGCGGCAACGCGUGAGCUCCGUACCCUGGAAACCAGACUCUCCGCACCCGCAGCCCGUUUUCAGAUUCGAUGGCACGACGCAGGACUGGAGGAGAUAGGGGCGCACCCAUCACAACCACAAUCCGAAAUCAUAAAUAAAUUUGUUCUCUUCAGCUGAAACAUCGACUUCAUGCUCCCCCACCCAAGCUCGCGCUUGAAAGCCACCCUGGCCGAGCUCCAAACGCGCAUCGCAGCGUUACCGGCGAACGCGGCGGCCGUGAUCGUCUUGCAGGAGUGUGUACCGCAGGGCCUGGACACGAUCGGCUCGACGGCGUGGGUGCGGGCGGGGUUCCUCCGCACGGACGUAAAUUCGCGCAACUGGGCGUCGAGGUCUUACGGCACCACGACGCUUGUGGACCGGAGGCUGAGCGUGGUAGGGUGUUUCCGUAUCCAUUACGCACUGACGGAUAUGGACCGCGAUGCGCUGUUCGUUGAUGUCGUUUUUGGUUUGAACUCCGGAGAUGGGAAAGAAAGCGUGCCGGAAGGGUAUAGUGCUGGAUCAAGGGGCAAAACCAUACGCUUCUGCAACACCCAUCUUGAGUCUCUCGCUCAUGAACCGGCUUUUCGUCCCUCACAAACUGCUCUCGCGGCGAAGUUCAUGCAUGAGGACUCUGUUCAUGGAGCACUAUUAGCAGGGAACUUGAAUGCCAUCCAGCCCUUCGACUGCACUUUACAUAGCGACAACGGCCUGCGCGACGCAUACCUAGAACUUGGAGGCCAAGGGGAUAGUGAAGAGGGGUAUACAUGAGGCCAACAAGCGGCGCCCGAGCUCCGGAAUAUGUACGGCUGUUCGCGGAUGGACAUGAUACUAUACUGCGGUGGAGUUUCUAUCCAGGGCUUCGGCCGGUUCGGUGCCGAUGUCGAGGUCACCGAGGAGGGCGAGAAGGAACGCAUCAUCCGGUCUUGGGGUUUUGAGGAGGCCUGGAUUACCGACCAUUUAGGCAUCUUUGCCGAAAUAACUGUUUUUGAUUGAUGAGGUAGCGAGAAAUCUAAUAGCCAUGGCAAUAAUAAGCUGGAGGGAGAGCGGAUGGCACGCCAGCCUCAUGAGGAAGUGGCAUUCCUUCAAACUACCUAGGUAGUAUGACCAUGGAUACUCAUAUGGCGCUUCAUUAAGCUUGCAAAGUAUCAAAGCAAUCCGCAUUUCUUCUUCUUCUUCUUCUUUUUU